UUGUUUUUCACUUAACAGGGUGUGAAGUCCAGUGUGUUUCAUUGGUUUCUUGAUGAAGAAUGCAGGGAAUCAAAUGUGUAGUGGUUGGUGAUGGGGCAGUUGGGAAGACUUGUCUCCUUAUCAGUUACACCACAAAUGCCUUCCCUGAAGAAUAUAUCCCUACAGUGUUUGAUAACUACAGUGCACAGAUGACUGUGGAUGGUCGAACUGUUAGCCUGAAUCUUUGGGACACAGCAGGGCAAGAGGAAUAUGAUCGCUUGCGCACUCUAUCCUACCCACAGACAAAUGUCUUUGUUAUCUGUUUUUCUAUUGGAAGUCCUUCUUCGUUUGCAAAUGUUCGUCACAAGUGGCAUCCAGAGGUGUGUCAUCACUGUCCAAAUAUCCCUAUUCUGUUAGUUGGUACUAAGAAAGAUCUACGCAGUGAUCCAGAAACCAUUAAAAAGCUUAAAGAACAAGGUCUUUCACCUACCACUUAUCAACAAGGAACUUCACUGGCCAAACAGAUCGGAGCAGUGAAAUAUCUUGAAUGUUCUGCUCUUAACCAGGAAGGGGUUCGAGAUGUCUUUGUCGAGUCUGUGCGGGCUAUCUUGUUCCCUUUACCCAAGAAACCCCCCAAAAAGUGUGUUCUUUUAUAAUGCUUGGACACCACUAGUGCCAUGAUUUGCUGAGAGGGUGCCUUUAUAUAAUGGGCUUGUGUAGCUCUUCCUCCUGUGGACAUGUACUAAUUGCUGUAACCAGCACACUGUACUACAACUAUAUUUAGCAGCCUUUGAACAUCAGAGGUCAUCUCCACCACCUGAUGGUCCGUACCUAGGAAAGCAUGUUGUGUUCAAACUGGCACAAUAAUAAAAUCAAAUUGUAUCGGACAACCUUUUUCCUUUGUAAUUUGAAGCAGUUGUCCUACACCAGAGAAGAUAGGAAUUCUGAGCCCAGGAGGAUAGGGUAUCUCAACAUCAGCUGUUCUUUACUCUUAAAAGGGGCCUUACUUAUUUUGACGUGUGCCAUCUGACUGCAAAUACCAAAAACAAAAAAAUAUAUCUUUACUUUUAUGUGGCAUGGUUUGUAACCUCAGGUACUGACUCCUUAGAAAUGAUUUUGGAUAUAAAAGUUUUUAUUGCCUUAUUUCAGUGGAAACACUGUGUUGUACCACUUAAAAAAGCCAGUUUAGUAUGCAGUAAUGCCAUGCUGAUUAAGAUGCCUUAUUUGAAGAACUUGUAUAUGGAUUAAGAAAACUUGGAACAUAUACUUUGUGCCUUCCUGAAGCAUCUGAAGCUGUACAGUGUCCCAGAAUAAUUUCAGAAAUGUGGACCUUUGUGCUAGUUAAAAUUAGGACCAAAUGUGCAGCACUUCAGCUGAAAUUUUACAUUUCAUAAAACUUAAAAAUACUAUUGUUGGUUCAUUCACAGUGUUAAACAAACAUGGACUGAGUUGGGGAAGCAAGCAACAAAUGUAAGAGCAGGGUCUUUUUUACCUGGUCUGCUGUAGGUCUGUCGUUAGGCCACUUCAAGAUAAUAAAAUUGUAAUUUUUUUGAGCACAAGCCAUUUUUACAUCUUUUUAAGGAUGAUGAAUAAUGUGUGCAUUAUUAAAUAUGCAUUUGCAAGGAUGCAUAUAUGUGCAAGAUGUCUUUCUGCCUUGGAUAUGGAGAAAGGACAUAAAGCCAGUCAGAUCUUUACAGAAUUAAUGAGGAUGAUGUAGCAGUCCAUUUUUUUUGUUUGCAUUUCUUCAUACUUUCACUGCAGUCUCUGUCAACUUUCCAGCUCAUGGUCCAGCAGCCUCAUCUAUUUGUUGCUUUAACUUGUAUACUGCAACUUGUGGGUUAGUUUGACAGAUUUUGUGACUUACAGCUCUGAGAAUAGUAGCAUUUUGGUAAUUACAUUGGCUAGUGUCAGUUCUUCUAAUUUUUGUCAAACCUUUUAGUCACAGGUAAAUAGCCUGCUGUAACUUCCAGCACUGUGGUGGACUUUGUCCAUUUGUUAUAAUAGAAGGAUCAUUGUUAUAGUAUUUUCUUCCUCUGGAAAUGUAGUGCUGUCAAGGAAAACAUAGAUGGCUGGAGGCUGUCAGUGUUUUAGACCAGCACUUGCUCUUCAACUCCUAUCCCUUGCAUGGCAGUUAAGUGCAACAGCAGGCUACAUCCUCUUGUCUGUAUUGGGUGCUUUUAUUACGCUACACUGCAACCAUAGGUGGGUGAAAAAAGUCUGUGCAGCUGUGAUGCAUGCAAGACCAUUCCAGUAAACCUUCAAACUAAUGUAAAACAAAUUGUGCUGUGGAACAGUUUGAGAACAGAUGACCAGUUUUCCUGUCUGAUGUGAUAGGUGUUGUCUAUGUCCAUUGUAUUUAAUGACUUUAUUACUGUAUGCCAAACAGGGAUAGCUUAAUCAUUGCAAUAUCUUUUGAAUGAUGUACUGUACUUAUUGUAAUUUUUAUUAGAUGGUACAAUGCAUUCUUUUAAAAUGGGGAUCUGUUUAAAAUAAAAUGUUUUGAAAUGA